AUGUCGAAUAAUCAAGAUAUUCCAAAUGCAUCAGAACAACAGGCGAAUAUUCACUCGGCUUCAUCACCUGCCAGUCUUAUGUUGGCCAUGAUGAACGAUCCUCAAUUUUCUGAUCAAAUUCGCCAAAUGAAUCCUCAAUUGUUUGCACGUAUGAUGAGGAUGCCUUCAUCCCCGCAAGAUUUAUCUUCACCAGAUCAAACGGUUGAUCCAUCUUCUCACGACUAUAAUCAUGGACAUGGUCAUAGCCAUUCUCAUUCUGGUUCAUGUAAACAUGCGCAUGGUGGUCCACGAAUGAAUAAUUUUAUGCGUGCAACUCAACCUAUUUCAACAGUACCUCCAAAACUACCACCAUCAACGGAAAUGAAAAUAGUACAAGCUGUUCAAUAUGGUGAAAUAGAAAGAUGUAAACAAUUAAUUGAAAGUGGUCAAGCAGAUGUUAAUAGUCCAGAUGAAGAAGGCUGUUAUUUAUUACAUUGGGCGUCUAUCAAUAAUCAUGUUGAGAUCGUUAGAUAUUUGAUUGAAAAAGGUGCAGUAGUUGACAUCGCUGGUGGUGAUUUACGUUCAACUCCACUCCAUUGGGCUUGUCGACAAGGUUGUUUAGAAACAUUUUUUCUUUUGAUUGAUAAUGGAGCAUCCAUUGAAUCCCAAGAUUCAUGUGGAACACAAUCGAUCCAUCUAGCAUCACAAUACGGUCAGCUCAAAUUAGUUGCUUAUUUACUGAGUCAAGGAAUCGAUGUCGAUUGUAAAGAUGGUCAAUCUUUUACACCGUUGAUCUACUCGUGUAUGGGUUCGCCAAAUACCUACUAUUGUGCGACUCAAAUUUUGCUGUCAUUCGGUGCUCAAAUCAACUAUCAAGAACCGAAGCGACUCUAUACGCCAUUACAUUUUGCUAUAAGUACAAAUAAUGCAGUUGCUACAAGAGUUUUACUACGACACCCACAAAUUAAUCUAACAUUAAAAAAUGUUGAUGGUCAAGAUCCACUAAUAUAUUCGGAUAAAAUCCGAAAGAAUGCAGAUGCAACUUAUCUAAUACAAGAAAAACUAAGUGAUCAAAAAUUACAUGUAAAAGGACCAACAAAAUUGAAACGAAUAUCUGCAGAUAACUGGAAUACUCUUGAACAUUUUUGCUAUCAUGUAUUUACUAUUUAUGGUAUCUAUUGUAUUUAUUGUAUUAAAAAAGUCAAUCCGGGAUAUUUACGAAGAAUUUCUGAUAAUAAACAACGAGAAAAUGUAUGUAUUGAAUUUGCCAAAGAUUCAAAAUGGACUCCGGAACAUUUUUGUGUAACAUGUAUUAUUCGUCGACCACUGAGAUCAAAGCAUUGUCCAGUUUGUCAUGCAUGUGUAGAAAAAUUUGAUCAUCAUUGUACUUGGCUUGAUGCAUGCAUUGGUGGUCGUAAUCAUUUUUAUUUCAUUCGAGUAUUAACAUUUGGCACUUGCGCUUUGUUUUUAUGGAUUAAACAAGGAUUUUCAUUAUUGGCAAGUCAACCCUCCCUUUCCUUAUGGGAUAUACUCGUUGUCCAAUUUGAUCCAUGGUUUGUUUAUAUUUCUAUUUUGACGAUUUUCAAUACAUUUUGGGUGUUGUUUAUGACUCUAUUUCAUCUGUACAAUUCAAUUAUUUACGGUGUGACAAUUAAUGAAAGAUUGACACGUUUUCGCUACGAUUAUUUCCGGGAUUCAUCUGGAAAAUUUAAAAAUCCAUUCAAACAAAGUGUAGUGCAAAACUUUCUAGAAACAUUUGGACUUUUUCGCCUUCUUUACAUGUGUAAUUAUAAAAUGAUAGAUUGGGCGAAAGUUUACGAUUUGAAUGAUAUCCAGUUGAGUUCAAACAACAAAAUAAGUUAG